AUGGCGGGCUCGGGCUCAACCCUGCUGCGCCUGUGUCCGCUGCUUUUACCGCAGAACCGGGAGAAAACCGUGUACGAGGGCUUCGUCUCCGCUCAGGGGAGAGACUUCCAUCUUAGAAUAUUGCUACCUGCAGAUUUGAACGUGAAAAAUGCAAGGUUGCAGUGCAGUUGGCAACUGAAGGCUGUGUUAAAUGGAUACCACCACCUAGUUAAGCAGAGGCUGCUUCAGUCAUCUGAUCUCGAGAGCUUUAUGACGGAGCUGAAGACGAUCUUGGAAGUUGCUCUGAAGACAAAGCAAGCCCUGUAUGCGCCCUCGCCUCCUCCCCAGUACUAUUCGUCUAUUGUCGAGGAAAUCGGGAUUCUGGGUUGGGAUAAACUCGCGUACGUGGAUAGCUGUUUCACCACCAUCAAGUUAAAAGCGGAAGACACUUCUGGUAGACUGCAUUUGAUCACUCUCCAGUUAAAGGCGCAGUAUCCUAAAGAAGCACCUGAGUGCUGGGUGGAUUUCCCAAUUCCAUUUGCUAUUUCUUGGACCUCGGAGAGCUCCCUAGCCAGCGUUCACCGACAGUUUUUGGCGGCCGCGGAGUCACUGAAGUCAUUCUGGGAUACGGUGGAUGAAAUUGAUGAGAACACCUGGGUGGUGGAACCAGAAAAACCCAGCCGUAGUGCCACUAUGCGAAGAAUUGUCAUAGGAAAUAACGCUUCGAUAAAUAUCGAGGUGGAUCCCAGGCAUCCCACAAUGCUUCCCGACUGCUUCUUCCUCGGCGCCGACCACGUGGUGAAUCCCCUCGGAUUUAAGCUGAGCGAGAAUAUCCAUCUUUGGGAUCCGGCAAACAGCCUCCUGCAGAAUUUGAAAGAUGUUUUGGAAAUGGAUUUUCCAUCCCGAGCUACCCUGGAAAAAUCCGAGUUCACCAUGGACUGUGGGAUUUGUUAUGCUUACCGACUGGAUGGGGCCGUUCCUGACCACGUGUGUGACAACGCCAAGUGUGGCCAACCCUUCCACCAAGCCUGCUUACAUGAGUGGUUGAGAGGCCUAUUGUCCAGCAGGCAGAGUUUCAACAUCAUCUUUGGUGAAUGUCCAUAUUGCAGCAAGCCAAUUACACUGAAAAUGCCUUAGGGGAAACCCUGAAACAAGAACUUUAAAAAUGCCCGAGGAGAAGUGGGGGGAAAUUGAGACAAUAAACAGGCGGCAUUUCACCUGGGAGCGACAUCAAAGAUAGGCCAGAGAGAGAAAGAUUAAAAGCAAAAGAAGAACUAUGACUACGCUAUAGCGAAACACGUCGGCCUCGGCCUCGUGGCUGAAACCCGGUUGAGGCGGUGAGGGCCGCAGACGCGGGGAAUCGCUGCUGCUUCUGUAGGGAGUCGCCUUCUUCUCAAGAUCAACCACACUCCCCCACGCAGAAGAGGACGUGGACCGAAAACGCCUGGACUUGGCAAAUGAAUUCGGACUGGGACAAUCCUGAUUCGGCUCCGGGAGACAGCGCGGAGAAUGAGUUUGGCCGACUGGAGCUGGGACCCUCGCAACUUUCCAAUAAUCUCGGGGCCCCGGGGGCGUCGGCAGCGGGUUCUGUGGAAGAAGAAAACCCAUGUUGUUAGAAGCCUCUUUCGCCGCCCCGCUUCAGAUUCGCAUACGCCACGUCCCGUGCCACUGACUCCACCGUUUUACCCCAAGAUUUAGUCAGAAUUUCUGCAGGAAAAGCGCCAGAGACUUCAGGCAUUUCUAGGUACUGGUCUCCGUGUGCCGAUUUGUACUUUACGUGAAGUUGCGUUACUUUUAAAUGCCGCCUUUGACUAGACAUCUCCUAAAUCAUUUUUUGGGAGG